AACAUCUCAAUUUAAAGCAAAAUUGGAUGGGCGUGGAAUAGGCGUGGCUUAAAAGAUUUGUGUGUUUGUUUAUAUAGCGUGCAUGAGAAUGGACUUCACUAAGGAUUCUCUGGAGCUAAGCAUUGAUCAUCAUUCAAGUUCAAUCACCUCAAAGGAUACAAAAGAUAAACAGGCGCUUGUACUUUCAGCUUGGGAGAAAUGGAUGAUUGAUAAAGCAAGGAAGGACAAAGAGCGCCAUAAAGCUGCAAUUGCUGCACGAAUUGAAGCUGAUAUGAGAGCACGUGAAGAAAGGAGGAAAGAUAAAGAAAGGAAGAGAAGAGCCGACCAAUGUCACAGGGUAUGGGUCGAGAAAAAGAAACAAGAAUUAAAGAUUGAGAGAGAAGAGAAAGAAACGAAGAAACAAGAAGAGAGACUACAGGCAUCUGAAAAAAAAGAGAAGCAAAGAGAAAGGUCACUGUCACUAUACAAGCAAUGGUGUAAAGUUAAGGACGAGGAAAAGGCACGGCAAAAAGCUCUAGAAGCAAAACAAGAAGAUGAAAAGAUAAAGACAAAGAAAGAGAGGCAGCUACGAGCAGAAGCAGCUUAUAGGAAAUGGCUAAGUGGUCUAACUGAUAAAGAGCAAUCAUACUGGCAAAGACAGAAUGACACAUUUUCAAUUUCACAUGACUGGAUUGGACCCCUGGAUGACGAGAGAUAGAACACAUUAAAACAAUCUCUUAGUAAAAUUCAAACAAAAAAGGACUAUUAUAAUUCAUAGCAUUAUUAGUUAUUUUGCAAUGAAUCACUUGCAAAAUUGUCACUCAUUAGUCACACUA